UGAGCUAGAAAUUCCCUUUCAGUCAAACGGGGUUGCUAAACCCCAUCAACUCCCGACAGCUACAUCCUUGCAAGUCCUGAACUUAGCUCUAGGACUGUACAAAGGAAAGGAUUAGAAGAUCGGCCAACUACAAACCAUCCCUAUAGUUUCUUUCGCCAUAGGCACUCAUCGGCAUGUUCAAGCUCAUCAAAGACCUCACGCGACCACCAGAGUCCCUUACACCACUAUCUACAACCCCAUCUUCCGGAUCGGCAACUCCUCAUGGAGCUCAAGCCCGUUCACGCCCUCGGUCUCGAUUAGCUGUCAGAGGCCGAAGUCAUUCGCCGGCUGUACCUGGGAUGAGGGUCAAAAGUCCUGGAACAGCAGCUUUUGGUCAUGAAUCCGGCCACGGAGGAAGUGAUCCAGGGGAUAGUGGAUGGUCUUUGGCCUUCGAUGCUGGAGUGGAGGAUGAAGAAGAUGAGGAUGAGACCGAAGAGUCGGCUAUUCGAGUGGUGGGAAUUAUCAGAGCCUUGAGAAAUGAUGAUAAGGAGGCAGAUGUCAUGCGCUAUGUUGAAAAUUUUGCCCAGCUUCUCUCCAUCCCAAGUGAUUUCUACACUCGCCGGGCAUUCCGGCGUCACCUUGGCGCCAGGACACUUUUCUUGGCUUUAAAUGAUGGAUUGACCUGGGAACCAAAAGAAGAGGAGACCCCUGAAGAGGAAUGGCAAGUAAAGGAGGUGCAGCGAAAAGAAGGUGUGCGGCUUGCAUUUGAGGUUUUGAGCUGGGCUUUAGGUGAUAGAGUGAGUAAGGCACAUUUUGAAAGAAAUGGAGGGUAUCAGGCAUUUUUGCCUGUGCUGUACCGCUUAGUUCCUCCAUCGAGCUCUCCCAACUUCCUCAGUCCACAGAUACUCGCUCAACUCUUUGCUCAUGUCUGUUCAAACAAUUACUCUUUCACAGCACUUUUCGAAUCCCCAGAAAUCUCAUUGUCAGACAUUCCUUCUCGUAUAGGUGACGUUGUCAUUUGCUCAUCAACAAGCGGAGCUUUGAAACUACUGUGGUCGUACUUGCAAGGGGAAAGUUCCAAAGGCAAGUGUCGAGAACAUAAUGCGGUGGGAGACUUUGAGGGCAAAGAGGAUUCUGAACAAGCUAAGCUUGUUCAACUUGUGUUUCAAGUCCUUCUCAUCAUUGUCAAAACCUCUAUACCGAAUCUCUUUACCGUGGCUUCUGAGCUUCCGGACUUGUCAGAGUUCCUUCUCGAGCGCCUUUAUGGUCCUGAGCAAAAGAGGAAGUACGCGAUCACAUUCCCGUGGAUCAAAGGUCCGGAUUUGAAGGAAGAGAGUGAGGAGGAAAUAGCCAUCAUGGAAUGGCAGGGGCCAAACAAGGAACUGAGAUCUAUAUAUCUGGCGUUGCUGAAGAGAAUGUUGGAGGCCAACGUUGACCAAAAGGUGACCUGGCGAUUGUUUGGCCUUGUGCGGAGAACAAACGAGGUCUCAAAACCUACUGCUGUCGAGACACCGGCUUCAACAUCAAAUAAGAGCACCCCCUCGAUCUCCUCUCCUAAAACACCCAAUUCUACUUCUGCUUCCAAUCUCCCUUCAUUUGCAGCCCCCGCUAGGGGUAAACCAAAUCUUCACAUCAAUACAAUCGACACAACUGCAAAAGACGAUGAAAGCCUUCAUCCGGAGGUACUGGACCUUAUACGUCAUGCUGUUAAGUCAAAAUGGUCGGAUGUGUUUGUGUUCGAGGGCGGUUGCGGGGAUAAUCUAGGCGGUUUGGAAUUGGAAGAGCUGGGAAGACCUUGGAUGAACGGUCAUAAAGGGUUUAACUUCUCGUGUUGGAUUCAUAUCUCCAAGCUCAAUCAGCCCCUCACUCUUCUUCAUCUUUCGCAAAAAGGAAGUAACGAACCCCUCUUUCAGAUUCGUAUUUUGGAAAAUUCUCAAAUUGCUAUCACAUCGACUGAACAUACUCCCUCCUCUCCCACUCAGCCCUCGCAUUCUUCCAGCGAACACGAGGUCAUCUGCUCUGCGCCUGACGCUCUUGUCCCUCAUUUCCAAUGGGUUCACUUUGCGCUAGGUUGUCGCAAGCCCCACGGGCAAGAUAUAGGUGAAAUCAGAAUUUUUAUCAAUGGCGUUCGAGUGGGCGCCAUGCGUAUGCCUUUCCCCGUCCCGUCCACUACUCCUCCUAUUCCUGUCGCGCAGGGUAUCAAGCAAGAUAUCACAGCGGAUGCCAUUCACCUGUCGAUAGGCAAGGAAUAUCAAGGUGGUGAUGUGAAGAAGGAGGCAGUGAAAGAAGGAAGUGUGGGUAAGGAAGAAGAAAAUGAAUGGAUGCUUGGACGGGUACUGUUCUUGGAAGAAGCCGUUCCGGAGGAUUUAGUGCUUCUCAUGCACCACCUCGGCCCUCGAUAUACUGGCAACCUUCAAGAACCUAUGGGUAGAUUCCUCACUUAUGAAGGAGCGACUUCCAUCAACAUCUAUCUUCACAGAGUUGCUGAGUCUGCAAAGGACAAGCGGCUCUUCGCGCACCCUAGUAGCUCCAUCUUGGUCCGUGCUAUCCGUUCCGGGUAUGUUCUUCCUGAGGAAUCCAUUAUCCUUUCUUUGAGCGCCAAAGACUAUGAUUUAUCCGAGGACAUAUGUGUGAAUGGUGCCAUCCCACAUCCUUACAGAGCUAAGCAGCUUCGCCACGGAGUCGUGAAGCUUCUUGGUAACGUACAGCCUUUCAAGUCGACCAAUCUCGAUGAAAGCGUACAAGCUGUGGGUGGAGGACUGGUGAUUCUGAAGAUGAUUGCCAUCAGCCAGACCAAAGAGGAGCUCUUAGCAACGCUGAGUAUUUUGAGGGAUGCAAUUAAGGAUAGCUGGUCAAUCAGUGAGGAAAUGGAAAGGAUCCAUGGCUUUGAUCUCUUAGCGGCCAUUUUGAGGCCCAAAGCUGCAAUGUUUUUGGAUGAGGUCUGCACGAAAACCAUAAUGGCCAUGCUCGGAAUCAACAUGGACAAGCCAGGCUCUGCCACUGUUCAUAAUUCUGUCGCUUAUCGGGCCCUCGGACUUGAAUUUGAGUUGUGGUCUUACGCCUCUGACGACGUGAUCAGAUACUAUCUUCAACAUUUUAAACACCUUUUAGUGACGUCGAAGCACAAGCGUUUCAACAUCUUGCGCACAUUCCAGAAGUCUGCAAUGGUGAAGAAAAUGUUAUAUACUCUAAGGUCGGGACUUUUUGCUAUAGAAGUAGUACCGGACGUCGUUGACACUCUUCAGUUGGCGUUAGAAGCCCGCUGGAGCGGUGAAAACGGCAUAAAACCUAUUUUCUCCUAUUUAGUAUCGGCUCUAUGUCAAAACAAUAUGGCCUUCUCGGUCACUGUUUCCAAUGAGCCACCUCCUUACCAGCUUCCUGCAGCCUUGAUCCUUGCCAAACUGGCUGAACUUUGCCAUAAUGCCACUCGCCUCACCAAACUCAAUCGCUCUGUCGCCUUGCAUCGUCUACUUGUCAUUUUCCUCUCUUCUAAUUCCUCACCUUUUGUUGUUUUUCCAUGCUUGGAUUUACUUCAGCAUUGUUUUAUGACACCAGGCUUGGAAACCUUCCAGAGAUCCUUUGAGUCUGAAGGCGGUUUCGCAUUGCUAGCAAGAACUUUACCGCCCGUUUGGACCUUUGAAAUCCAAGGUAUUGUGAUGAAAAUGGUGUUGGGGGAUGAACCUGAAAAGAAGCUUCUAUCGCCUCAAAUGGUAAUGUGCUUGCUGGCCGCGUUGGAUUGGUUGUUGCAGGUCGCCGGUGAUAGUGAAGAAGGUGGGGGAAGGCCACAAGUCGUACGAACCAGAUCUGGGACUAUGAGUUCCGUCAGAUCGAUUACUGGUUUCCCUCCUUCGAACUUUGACCCAUCACAACCGGACGAUCGCCUGAAAUCCCUUCUUCAAGUGUUAACCGGCAUGUAUCGAGCCCAUCCCAAUUUCCGCAAGAGCAUCACGUAUAAGAAGAUUGAAAACCUUUUGCCCAACAUCGCCGAUUUCGCUGCUGUAUCAGGUAAUGGUCGACCAGAUAUAGUUCAAGGCCAACGAGAGGCUGUGGCUGGUUGGCUAGCCGUCCUGGUGGAUGAAGGCAAAUUGCCAAAGGCAAUCAUUACACAGAUGAGACUCUUGAUUGAGCAAUUGAAAACAGUCCCUUCAUCUCCCAAAAUAUCUUCUUCAUUAGCCAUGUCUCCCACGUCCCCUCCUGCGUCGUCUUACUUUGGACAGUCCUUCACUAGCCGCCUUGGCACUUCGACGGGCAUCGCUUCUCCUCUCCCAAAAAGAAGACCCUCGACUGAUGGUGGAAUGUCUGGAUUCACCAGGUCGAAAAGUAUCAGAGAACAAUGGGUACCACUGAAGAGAGUGUUGACAGGAGAGUCAAUUUUGGAAGGCGGAAAAGACAAGAAUGCGGCAUGGAAGAUGAUUAUCAUUCAGACUGAUUUCCAAAGUCACGCCAAAAUGACUUUGGAAAGGAAAGAACAUUGGCAAAAGUUGUCUCAGGUUGAUUGGCCUCAACAGGCUGCGACACUGCGUGCUGAAAACGGAUUGUGGCAGGAGAGCAACGGGGGCGUUACUUGGCGUUUAGAUGGGAGCGAAGGACCUCUUCGCAUGAGAGCACGGUUGGAGCGAAUAGAUAAUGUUCCUGAGCAGGGCAUGACUCGUACUCGCCAUAAGCUUCGUGACGCAAUCCCUUCAGUGGACGAACUUUCAUCUGCUGUAUCUCGUAUUAAUUCCGCCCCUUGGGAAGAUCCUUUUGCUUUGGCGCUCGGAGAAGACACGCCUGUCGAAGAGGAGAUGGUGUCUACGCCUAUCGCAGGUCACAAUAGCCCAGGCAACCCUCAGAUCCUCAACAACUCGGGCUCGACACCGGCUAGCGAUGCAGUUUCAGAGAAUGGAGAGGAGGAAUCAUUUGUCGAAAUUGAAGAACGUGGAGAUGACAAGAUGAGAAAAAUAGCUAAGAGCUUGAGACCCGGUGAUAUGGUAGAGGAAGCACAUAAUAUCGUGAGGAUAGUAGGAGUAGAUGCUUGUCCCGGUCUUCUUAUAUUGGGAAAGAAGAAUCUUUACCUAAUUAACGGAUUGCUUCAAACUCCCGGUGGAGAGGUCAUCGACGCUAAGGAUGCUCAAAAGGACGUCCUGUCUAUUCCUUCGGGUACACUUGUUGAGCUGGACGCUGAUGACCAGCCGAGUCAUUGCUGGCCUUACAAUGAAAUUAUUGAGAAUAACAAACGUGCAUUUCUCUUCCGCGAUGUGGCCCUGGAGCUUUACUUCUCUGAUAAGCGCAACUUCCUUGUUGUUUUCCGGGACAAGAGGGAAAGACAAGCCGUCGUGCAGAAGAUCAGCAGCAAGAAGGAUCACCGCGAUGUUAUAUCGAAGAGCGUCAUUGGUAACUUUGUCCUCGAUACAGUUGCAAAGGCCAUGGAUAAGAGCGAACAACAACUGGAGGCGCUGCAAAAGAAAUGGCAGAACCGGGAAAUCAGCAAUUUUGCGUAUUUGCAACUUUUAAAUCAGUAUGCCAAUCGUACGCCCAACGACGUCACUCAAUACCCUGUGUUCCCAUGGGUUGUAGCGGAUUACUCAUCAGACCAUCUGGACCUCAAGACGGAAUCCUCUUUUAGAAAUCUUCGUUUCCCCAUGGGUGCUUUGACACUAGCCAGAAGAGAAGAGGCCAUGGAGCGCUAUGCUGCGACAGAAAGCGUCGGUGAAAAACCUUUCCAUUAUGGAACACAUUAUAGCUCAUCGAUGAUCGUCUGCGGCUACAUGAUUCGUCUUUCCCCCUUUACAGAGAUAUUCUUAGCCUUACAAGGCGGUAAUUUUGACUUGGCUGAUCGUCUUUUCUCAAGCAUUCCAAGGGCUUGGGUGUCCGCUUCUUCAGAUAAUCGUGGCGACGUGCGAGAGUUAAUCCCCGAAUUCUACUAUUCGCCAGCUUUUUUGAUGAAUCUCAAUCACCAUAACUUUGGAAGAAAACAAGUAUCUGGUGAAGCCGUGGACGAUGUUGCCCUACCACCUUGGGCGCUUGGAGACCCUCAUUUAUUCAUCCAUCGACACCGGGAAGCGCUGGAGUCUGACUAUGUCUCUCGCCAUCUCGCAUCUUGGAUCGACCUUACUUUCGGUUAUAAACAAAGGGACCCGGCUGCCUUUAAUUGUUUCCAUCCCUUAUCAUAUCGAGGUGCCAUAGACCUGGAAAACAUUGAAAACGAAGAAGAAAAGGCAGCCUCCACAGCAAUCAUUCACAACUUCGGUCAGACGCCAAACCAAAUCUUCAAAUCCCCUCAUCCGCACCGUUUCCUCGGCGGGCAAAGUGACCUACCCGUGGGUGUGCGAUUCGGCGUAGCGGAGCACUGGCAAUUAAUGCUUAGGAGCAUACUCCCUAUCACUGAGACAAUAACUUCGAUAGACCAUAUUGAUCCUCCUUCCGGUCCAGAUACGAAGCCCAAGUUGUCACAAAGAUAUAGACUGUCUAUUCCAGGUUCCUCACACUUGACAGUGCAGUAUGGCUUCGUGGAUGGUUCUGUAAGAAUAUACUACCAAGAUGUCGUUGCCAAGCUCGUCUACCUCUGUGAGGGUAUAUACCCUGUGAAUGCAGUUUUCGCAUCAUCUUCACUCUUUCUCACUGUGUCAUCGCUUGGUGUCAUCACUGCGUGGCGUAUCAACGUCAGUGGUGCGGGGUAUCGCCGAGGAGACGUGACAAUGCAGCGUGAAGCGACUCUUAGAGGUCAUUCUCGUCCAGUAACUUGCUUGGCUGCAAACACAUCAUGGAGUAUACUCGUUAGCGGGGCAGAGAACGGGGAUGCUAUGGUAUGGGAUACAAAUCGUUUGCGAUAUAUCAGGACUUUGCAGACCGGGAAAAAGGAGUCUAUUGAAUAUUGCGCUAUCAACGAAGCUGAUGGCCUAAUUGCCGUGGCCAGUAGAAAACACGUAUUUCUUUUCUCACUUAACGGCCACCAAAUUGCCUCGAUCAGUAUUGGCGAUUGUAUCUCUUCCAUCGAGAGCGACGCAGAAUCCGAAAUCUCCGAGGAGCCUUACGAGGACGAGUUUACAGGUGGCAUCACUUUCUUGAAUCGAGAAUUUCUAAAGUUCGGUGCCCUGUUUGUCACUGGAGUUGGUGCGAGGAUUGUUCUUUUCCGUUGUGCCCCAGGGGAGAUCAACGUCUUCAACCCGGGUCCUAUGAUGCCUUGGGCACUCAUCCCACAAGGAGUGAUCCAUCGUUCAGAUGAUCACGAAGGAGGUGAUUGCUGUUCGGUAAAGUUUAUUGGCGAGACACUUUACGCUGCAUUCAAUCCUAGUGAGGGAAAGAAGAAAUUCUCUCUAUACCAGUGGUCUUUACCCGACGGUCACGCCAGACAUGUGGCCGACUCUGCUUCUCAUACUUGCAUGGCUGAAAGAUGUACUAGGCAUUUCGGCCUUCUUGAGCCCAAACGCCACUGUGGAGGGUGCGGAGGUGCAUUUUGCGGGACCCAUGCGCUUCAUGUCGAGACGUUCACUAUGCGUUAUUGUGACUCCUGCCGAGCUCAACUAUCGAUCGCUUCAGCUCAAGGGUUCCUUAAUUAUCGUCGAGAUAAUCUUAUACCCCCAUCGGGUCAAAGUUCAAGGCGCCCAUCGAUCUCUUACGACUCUCGAAGCGGUCGCCCAUCCUUCGCAAGGACUCCCAGCCAACCUGGUUCGAGUAGAAGAGGUUCAGGCGACCCUGAAGCUACAACGUAAUGUCGCGUCAUAUAAAGGACUGGAAUAAAAUUAAUUGUAUUGGAUGAAAAGGCUG